AUGAAUGAAAAGACAGACUACUUCAGUGGAGAAUUUGAGUCUAUGAAUAGGAAUCAAAUCGACAUUCUAGAUAUGCUGUGGUCCAAGGCCAUUUGUGUUGGCUAUACGUUGCGUCUCUGGAACCAGAGGGAGCACACAGCUCUUCUUAAAACUGAAGGUGUUCAUGCUCAAGAUGAAACUGAAUUCUAUCUAGGCAAGAGAUGUGCUUAUGUGUACAAAUCAAAGAACAACACAGUGACUCCUGGUGGCAAACGAAACAAAACCAGAGUAAUCUGGGGAGAGGUAACUCACGCUCAUGGAAACAGUGGCAUGGCUCGUGCCAAAUUCCAAAUCAGCCUUCUGGCUAAGGCCAUUGGACACAGAGUCCAUGUAAUAUACCCCUCAAGGAUUUAA